CAACGUAAAGCAGAAAUAAGUGAAUUAAAUAAAUUUUAAUUAAAAGUGCUAACUAGAAAAACAAAAAAAUAAAACCGCUACAAACACUUUAACACAUACUAAAGCGAAUAACGAAACUUGCGACUCGUGUGCGUUUUGCCACUAGAGCGGCUGCAAAGCGUUCGUCGAAUACAGAAUUUCACAGCAAAUCGAAUAUGCAUUGAAAUUGAAAUAAGAUUUUUAGAAUUAAAAAUUUAAAAAUUAAUGCAAAUGUAAACGUUAACGUUAACGUCGCCAGCCACAUAAAACAAAUACAAAAAGUAAUAUACAUACAAACAAAUACCAACAUACAAAUAAACAAGUCUAUAAAGUGCAGCAUUCGGGCAGCAGCAGCAGCAGCAGCAACAGCAGCAAAAUCAGCUAGCGGCCGACUCAGGUCAAUCCAAACGCGUGCAACCGGAAAGAGGAAAUCAAAUUUGGCAAAAGUGCGACUGCUUUGCGUUGCCCAACCACGGACAGCGCAGCAGAUACAAAAGCAAAAACAAAAACAAGGCGUAUAAUAUAAAAAAUAUCACCAGCGGCGGCGGCAGCGCCAAGGAGCAAGCAUUAAAAUCAACCAAAAUUCGGAGAUCAGCAACUGUGCGCGCGUGUGUGUGUGUGCGUGUUUUACUGCGCGUGCGGCAGACGGGUUUUGUUUUUGUGUUUAUCGCACGCCCAAAGCCGAGUACAUAAAUAUUUGCCGUUUGGUGCUUGUGUCGCCUAAAAGCGUGCUACCGCAAACAGUUGCUGCCAGCGUGUACGCCUAAAAGCAGGCUAUAGCCAAGCGUUCAACUGCAAUUUUGCCAAAUCUGAAACAUUAAAGUAUAUUCGCGCUGCGAAAAGCAGACAUUUUGAUUGCAAACUUCUACGAUUUUUCAGGUUUCCAUUUGGAUUUUCGUGUGAUUUUAGUUAUUCUAGUAUCGUUAUAAAUUAUUACUCUUGGCCACGUGUAUACUCCAUCGGCCGUUUAGCGAGCAAAAACAACAACAUCAUAUGGUGUGCGGUUUGUGGGUGUCAUCAGUGGCCUUUAACGCCCUCUGCACAAAUAACAACAAAACACCAGUAUUCAAAGGAGCACCACCAACUCCACCUCAACGGAGCAAGUUGGUUAGUUCGUGCAUGAAUUCACAUAGGCGAUACUUAAGUCAUAGGACUUCAAAAUUUUCCAGUAACAGACAUCGGAAGCUGCAACCUUUUAGAGAAACGUGAGCCAAUCGCACAUCAUUAGGCACCACGUUUUCCAAUUUUUCCAAAUAUUUAUAAAACAUUAAUUGUAAUCCAGAUAUCUAGCAGCAGCAAACAUAUAGCACUAAAACUGAUAAAUGUAAAAAAACAACUAAAAUAAAACCAUCUUUCAUAAGAUACAAAAAUAUUUACAAAUAUAUUUAACAAAAAAGCCCAAAAAUUCACUUCCAACCUCAGAGUGGGGUGAAAAUUGCAUAAAAGUUUCAAAAACUGGAGAUUUGUAAAGCAGAACACAUAACAGCAAACAACAAAAACAAUAUAAACAAGCAAAUACUGAAUAACAGCCAAGCGUGAUUUCCAAUUGCGCAUUGUGUUUUGAUUCAAAAUCGAAGUAAAAUCCAAAAACUAACAAAAAAAAGCACACAGCCGUCAAAUAGUAGUAAAUUGCAAAAAAUUUAAGGAAUAGUGGAAGCAAAAGAAACCGCAGCGGAUAUUAACAAGAAAAUCAUCAUAGCAACAGCAAUAGCACCGGAAAUCAACACCACUGUCAUAAUUAGGAACCAAUACCAAGCGCCAAUUGAAGUGAAAGGAAAAGCGAACUUCAUGAAUUUAUCAAUAAAGAAAUACAAUAAAUCAAAAAAUAAAAAUUUAAGUACCAUAACGUCUUCGGCAUCGUCUUGGAGGGCGUUUCGGUGCUACGACGUCGAAACGACAGCAUACAACGUAGAAGAGCAAGCGUACGCCGCAAGCAGAGCAGCAGCUGCCGCAGGAUUCACAACUAACUUACUGAUGUACAGUGCCAUCAAUUGGUCACCUUGUUGAGGUUGAACGCUGAAUGCGAACGUAAGCCAUAUAUUAUAUUUAUAUAGUAUAACGGCUAGAAAGCGCGAAGCGAAGCAGCAAAACGAAGUGCGUAUCGUCGAAGAAACUCGUACGCAACGCACGAGAGUUGUCGGAAAUCGCUAAAGCAGAAAUCAAAAGCAAAAUUUUAAUUUUCAGCUAAAUCUGUAGCGUUUAUUUACCCAUUCUCAGUUUUUAUAUGAAAACAAGAACAACAAAAUCAACAGCAGAGAGUAGUAGUAGCAGAAAUAAACUCUAGAGCCAGCCAACACAUCGCGAGACAGCAAAGUGUGAGCCGCAAACUAAAAUAACCAUUAAUAAUAAAAAAUUUAUAAAAUUUAAUAUCACCGAGCCGCGAUCGCAAGCUCUGCACUUUCGUCGACGUAACAGUUAGAAGGAAUAUUGCCAAAAUUACGCACAACAAGCAGCGCGAUUUAUUAUAUACUGUAUACCUUUACAAUUCUUCUAUACGCAAAAAACGCAAAGCAAAACGCCAACCACAACAACAACAACAGUCAAUCAAAAACAUUAUUCAAAAAACACAAAUAAAAUUAAUAUAAAAACAUCUAAGGAAGCACAGUAAAAAGGAAAUAGCAAAAAUGGGUUCCGUUAAUGUGAAUCGUAAUGUCACCGACAUUUUCUACCGUUAUAAAAUGCCACGCUUGCAAGCUAAGGUCGAGGGUAAAGGUAACGGCAUCAAAACCGUUAUUGUUAAUAUGGCUGAAGUGGCACGCGCCAUCGGACGUCCGGCUACCUAUCCGACCAAGUAUUUUGGCUGCGAAUUGGGCGCUCAAACACAAUUUGACUACAAGAAUGAACGUUUCAUUGUAAAUGGCUCCCACGAUGCCAGCAAAUUGCAGGAUCUGCUCGAUGGUUUUAUACGCAAAUUCGUCUUGUGCCCGGAAUGCGACAAUCCGGAGACCGAUUUAACCGUCUCGGCUAAGAAUCAAACCAUUUCGCAAGCAUGCAAAGCUUGCGGUUUUCAUGGUCUCUUAAAAGUCAAUCACAAGGUUAACACGUUCAUUUUGAAGAAUCCGCCAACCGUCAAUCCGGCUGCACAAGGCUCCUCAUUGACCGAAGGUAAACGUUCGAAACGCGGCCAAAAGAAGAAUGGUGAGAAUGGCGUGGAUGGUGAUAAAGGUGCCAGCAACUCGGGUGGUGAGUCGGAUGGCGGUAGCGGCAAUCAGGCCAGUCAAACCGAGGCGGAAAUUAGCGCUGCCAUACCGGAGAAGAAUGGUGAUGACGAUGAUGAUGAUGCCAACUGGAGUGUCGAUGUGUCUAAGGAAGCCAUACGCGCUCGCUUGCAAGAUUUGACCGACGGUGCCAAGGGCAUGACAAUCUCUGAUGACUAUGAUAAGACCGAAAAGGAGCGCAUUGACAUCUUUUAUGAGUUGGUCAAGAAGAAGCGCAAUGCCGGUGAGCUCGACUCUGUUGCCGUACACAAGGAGCUGAUGAUCGAAGCUGAGCGCCUUGAUAUUGUGCACAAGGCAACGCUGGUCUUAGCCGAGUUACUCUUCUCCGACAACAUCACACAGGAAGUGCGCAAGAAUCGCAAUCUCCUGCUGCGUUUCACACACAACAAUCCUAAGGCACAACGUUAUCUCAUCGGCGGUUUGGAGCAGAUAAUCGCUUUGCAUGCGGCCAAACUGAUGCCCAAGGUAGCUGGCAUUUUUAAACUCUUCUACGAUUCGGACAUACUCGAGGAGAAGUCCAUACUGGAGUGGUCACAGAAAGUGAGCAAGAAAUACGUUUCAAAAGAUUUGGCUACUGAGAUACACGAGAAAGUCAAACCGUUCAUACAAUGGCUGAAGGAGGCCGAGGAGGAGGAAUCUUCGGAGGAGGACGAAGACGAUUCCGACGUGGAGAUUGAGUAUAACGAUCGCGCACGUGUAGAGCCAUUGAAGGCAGCCGCUGUGGCCACUGCUGCCAAGAAGAUUGUCGAGGAUGAUGACGAGGGCGAUGAAAUCGACAUCGACGACAUAUAAAGAGGGUGUGGAGAAAGAGCAGCAGCAGUAGCGUAUGCGCAGUUCAAGGCAGCGGUGUUUUUUUUGUUUAAGUUUGGACUUUAUGCGCUCUCGUGCCAAUUAGGCAUGAAAAAGCAGCGUACUGCAGAGCACCACAUUGUCUUUCACACGACGCAUUACAUUUUCACUGUCUCUCAGUCUACAAAUAUUCCAAAUUUUAACAUAUUUUUUCGCAACAUAUCUGCUUUACGCGGCGCUCGCUGUACACAACAACAAAAACAUCCUAACUGCUGCAAAAAUUAUCGGUUAUUCUCUUUUCUAUAUCAUUGAAAUCUUUAUUUUUUGAUUUAUGACUUUAUUAUAUUUAAGCUUUUUCUGUUAACGGUAUUUACACGUAAUUUCAAACGGCAGAAACUAAAGACGCAGCUUCGAUUUUGUCUCGACACUAUACAAACACAGUAUACAGAAAAAAAUAUUUCCACUUACUAAAAAAAUGUAUAAAUAGUAUUUUAACGGUACUUAUAUGCCAACUCCGUACACACAUAUACGCCAUAUUGUUCUGUCUACGCUUUCCACACGAUAGAAACGCCGAGUGCUUACUUUUCCGAAAAAAUACUUUUGCACUAAUACCGAAGCCAAAACGUUGCAGAAAGCUCAAUUAUUAAGUAACACAUACUUACACUCACCCUAUUUUCCAAUACUAUCCAUAUUUGUCGCAACAGUUGAACACACAACAAGGAAAAGGGCACCGCAAAGCUUUUGCGUUUUUCGAACUGUCGUAAAUUUUGAAAUUUAUUAUGCAAGUAAAAAAUGUAAAAAAAAACACAAAAUAUAAAAAUGUAAAAAAAAACAAAGAAAUGCUGUUACUUACUGAAAAGUUAAAAAAACGUGACUGACUGUAUUUGGAGAAUAUCGAAUGAUUUUCAAAUAAACAAAAAAUAAAAAAAGUCCCAACA